CACUUUUAGCUCAGAGGUUUUACCGAAACUCUUGAAUGCAACACACGUCACUCGAGAAAAGGACGGACACGUUUAUUCAACUGAGGAGAUUUGAUUGACAUUCUUAUCAGUUUAAUGUGUCUUUAGUGUAAUUUCUUUUUUAUCAGCAAUGCUAUAAAACGUUUGGGGAGAGGCCGAGCUAGACCAGUCCUUGAAAUAAACAGUUGUAAUCUGACGCAGCUGCAUCAGGUUGCGAUAAAAAGCGACCACAAACGUUUUUCUAAACAACUCAUAAAUGGAGGCUAUUUUGGGUCGUAAACCUGAAGACUUGGAGGAUUACUACGGGUUGUUAGGUUGUGAUGAACUGUCAUCGACUGAGCAGAUUCAGAAUGAAUACAAGAUCAGAGCCUUAGCGUGUCACCCAGAUAAACACCAGGACAACCCAACAGCAGUGGCUGAUUUCCAAAAGCUGCAAGAAGCCAAAGAAGUUCUGUGUGACGAAGCCAAACGGAGAAACUACGACCUGUGGAAAAGAAGCGGGAUUAGUAUUCCCUUCCACGAAUGGCGAGCCCUGAAUGAUUCGGUAAAAACGUCGAUGCAUUGGGCUGUGAGAACCAAGAAGGAGCCGAUGCUGGAGUCCUGCAAACCGGAAGAUCUGGCUGCUUCACUGACCGACGAAACAUCGGAGAAUCCUUCAAAAGAAGCAGCAUUAAGCGAUUUUUAUCAUCAGCGUUUCCGUUGGGCCUCCGACUCUCCAUCGUGUCUGCUGCAGAAGUUCAGAAAUUAUGAAAUAUGAUUUCAUAAAUGCUAGCUCUCAUUACUCUCUUUAAGUAUUUGCUUCCUGCUGUUUUCAGGCAUUCAGCUGCUAAAGUUUCUACCUUCUUAUGAAUAUUUAGUUUGUGUCUAUGCUAUAAAAAAUGUGUGGAUGUGAAUGUUUCCGUUCCAGAUGUAUAAAAAUUACAUGUUCCAUAUUUUAUCUGAUAAAAUCAAAAUGUAAAUGAUUUUUAAUGUUUUGUGUAACUUUUGCUGUUAAUGCUCUGAAUGUAAUACAUUUGAUAGGUUAUAUGUUUCCUUUUUUUCCGUAUUUGUCUCGUCUUUUAAACUAAACAGAGGAAUUUCAGCUCUUUGUGCCACUGACUGCUGUUCAAAAUGGUUUUGUUUUUCAAAUAAACUACAGUUUCAAUGUGA